UCUUAUAGUAGACGAUCGAUUAGUUCGCUUUGGAAAGCUAUGAUUUCCCGGUAGCCCUCAGCGAGCCUUGUCAAUAAGCCUUCUGGCUUCCCUCGCUAUGUUCUCUAACUCCGGAGCCCGCAAGUCUGUCGACAGCUUGCCACCAUUGUCCCCCGGCACCCGAUCCGAUUUCUCCUUUCAUCAUCGCCCUGGCUCGUCUGCCUCUCACGCCACAGCCCGACGAGGUUCCACUGCGAGCUCCAUCCAUUCUAUCGGAGGUCACCUCGAUACCUCGAGUACUUGGUCUCAGACGGUUCAUGAAACCGGUCAGAAUGCUAUUUCUACCUUGCUUCAACCGCCGAUAGUCCGCACUGGAUUGCUGCCGCAUACAUCUGCCCCUGCUUCCAGUGCCCAUAAACCACCAACCGCACGAGAUAUCCCGCCAGUCACCUUAACAAACAUACCACAUGUCGAUAUCUCCGAAUUCCAACCGUACUUAGCCCAAGUUGGAGCUUUAUUUGAACAACUGCGGCGUGUAAAAGAGAGCGACGAUGACGGUAGUGAUCAUGUGUUUGGGCGUGGGAGAAGCGAAGAAUUUGCGGGUGUUGUGGAUGACGGACACCUAAAGCCGGGUAGUCGUCCGUCAAGUUCGCGAAAGGUAUCUGCCUCAUCUGUGAGAUCUAUAUCGCCUAUGGAAUCUCCCUCUAUACGCCCACUACGCAGAAGAUCCAGCUCAGGUUUCGGUCGAAAGGCAGCGAGUCAAGGGCCGCCUCCUUUGUCGACUAUACCGAAUGUUUAUUUUGAUGAUGAUUUCCACCUAGAAAAUCCUCGUACAUUUGAUGUUGUUAGCGAACGAUCUGAGGUGGUUAGACCGCCGCCUGGCUCCGCCGACGAAAAGACCGCUGCAAACGGGACUGCUUUGGCUCCACGUAAAGCUCUGGCUACGAAUGCGAUAUUACAAGAGAAAUUGUCUUGGUAUAUGGAUACGAUCGAGAUGCAUUUAAUAUAUUCUAUUUCAACCGCUUCAACAACUUUUUUCACUGCCUUGGGAUCGUUAAGAGAACUACACACGGAAGCUACAGAGUCGGUCGAGAGGAUAAAAACGCUACGCAAGGAGCUUGAGGCUCUUAAUCACGAGGUUGCAGCCAGUGGACUGGAUAUUGUCCACAAACAGCGGAGACGCGAGAAUCUGCAGCAACUCAAUGACGCCGUCAAGCAGUUGAAGGAGAUUGUCGAGUCAGUCGCAGCAUGCGAGGCAUUAGUAGAAUCAGGAGAAAUUGAAAAGGCCUUGGAAGGCAUCGAUUCUUUAGAAAAACUAAUUGCUGGCAAAGAUACCAUCAAUACAGGCAAGGACGAAAGUCGUCGUCGCCUAACAUAUGAUUUGAGAGAUGCCGUUGCCCUGCAAGGGGUCAGUGGGGACAUCUCGGCUUUACGAUUCCGCAUUGGCAAAGGAUUUGAGUCUAAGUUUAUCGACAUAUUACUAGGGGAUCUGAGGCGACAUGUCGACGCCGUCCCAGCCCAGGAUGUACUCCUGAGAUGGGGUAGUUCGACGAUGCGAUCGCGUGGGGCGCAUAGUAGAGAAUCAUCUGCCUAUCCGGCUUACCUAGCUGACACAGAAGGCCUUCGUGCUCAGCUCAUGCCUGUUUUAGACGGACUACAUCGCUCAAAGCACGUCACAAUUGCUAUCGCAUCUUAUCGCGAGGUGGUUUUGCGUGAAGUUCGCAUGCUCAUUAAGCGGCCACUUCCAACCUCCACCGAUGAUGAUAAUGAGUCCAUGAUGUCUGUAUCUACGCUGAGUUCAAAACAUUUAACUCAGCAGGAAAGAUCAUCUAUUCUCGCACGAAAUAUUCGGUCCUUAGACGAACAGGACGCCGAAACCCUUUUUGUCAAGAUGUAUAUCAGCGUUACAGAAACAUUGAGGAGACUAACAACUCAGGUCAAAGUGCUGUUUGAUGUUGCAAGCUCAUUGGGGCAAGAACCUAUCAUCGAUGCCGGCUUAAAGUCGCCGCCCCCCUUAAAAUCACCACCUCUUAAUAGUGCGAACCGCGACAUACAAGAAGAUAUCCAUCUGACUAUGGACAUGGCGAAUCUUCUCGGUCAGGCAGUUGACGUCGCUCAAGAAAAGAUCGUGAAAGUACUUCGCGUUCGAUCGGACCAGAGCUCUCAUCUACCUCUUAUAUGGUUUCUGCGAUACUUUACCCUUAACCUUUACUUUGCCAAUGAAUGUGAAGCGAUUUCUGGCCGAAGCGGGACUUCGUUAAAGAACAUCGUCAACUCACAAAUCAAAGAGUUCAUCCAACUACAUGGUGACGCAGAGAAACAGAAACUAGCCCAAGGCAUGGAGUCAGAUCAGUGGAGUGCCAAAGAUUUCGGGGAAGAGAGCAAUGUGCUUCUCAAUCGCAUACUAGAAAGCAGCACAAAGGAUAGUGCCGCCUGGUUGGAAGGGAGUAGGAUCUGGGAAUCGCUCUCAGAAAACGAUAAUAACGGAAAGUCUGGCGGGCGACCGAGAACCGAAUCGAACGCGGCGACUAAAGAGAAAACGCGGAGCGCAGUGAUAGACGCGGAAAUGUUUAUACUGCCCAACUCAGCAAUACUCUGUUUAGAAGGCAUGUCUCACUUCUUACAUCUCAUGUCCGGCAUACCCUCCAUGUCCUCAGACGUGUCAAGCUCCCUCGUUGCAUAUUUGCAACUCUUCAAUUCUCGGUGUACACAACUCAUCCUCGGUGCCGGUGCCACUAAAUCUGCGGGCCUCAAGAACAUCACAACUAGACAUCUUGCGCUUGCCUCACAAGCUCUGGCUUUUAUUUCAACACUUAUCCCCCACGUACGCGAAUUCGUGCGCCGCCAUGCCGGUUCAGGUCCUAAUGUAAACCACGGGAAUGUCGCAGCCCUCAUGGGUGAAUUUGAUAAGGUUAAGCGCCUUUUCCAAGAGCACCAGAAUAAUAUUUACGACAAGCUAGUGGAUAUCAUGAGCGGUCGCGCCGCAGCGCAUGCUAAAAGCAUGAAGGCGCUUGACUGGGAUCAGAAGACCGAGUCCUCUGUGAAUUUAUACAUGGAAACUCUCACCAAGGAAACUGUUACGUUACAUAGGGUGCUCACGAAGCAUUUGCCCGAGAGCACUGUCAGGUUAAUCAUGACGCCCGUGUUCGGUAGCUAUAAGAGCCAAAUAGGUAGAACGUUGCAAGGACUGGAGCCUAAGAACGAAAUAGGGGUAAAUCGGAUGGAGUCUGAUAUCGAGUAUCUCACCGGUCGCUUAAGCAAAAUAGACGGCUUUGGUGAUACUGGUGAGCAUUUGCUCGGCAUUGUUAAAUCCAAAAAGCCAGCGCAGGCUGUCGCAACAGAAACACCUGUUACAACGGAAAAUGGUAGUGCUGGCGAGUCUAAGGAAGAGGAGAGCAAGGCGGAUGGGGCUACGAGUGAGGAACCUAAGGAAAAGUCUUCGUCGGAGAGCAAGCAGGAAUCGUGAGACGGCAUUUGAUUUUCCACUCAUUCGAUUUUGGUUGUGUGGUGUACGUUGGUCCAGCAUUGAAGCAGGCGUUUUCCUUGUAGACGUGAUGGAUGGCAUACCGAAUUAAGACGAGGUUCUG